CACACACAAACUGUCAGAUUACCGGCUAUGAAUCACGGGUGUAAGCUGUCUGAUCCCUGAAGUUUAUCAGACACCGGACCGGUCCGAUUCACGGACGACCAUCAUGAGCGAGAGGUUUAUGGUCGUGCCGGUGGCGCACGCCGAGGAGAGCGCGUUUGGAGACGAAACGGACGGAGCCCCGGUGUUUGACGCCGGUGAGGACGCGCGCGCGGAGCAGCGGGGGUCGUUGCCCAUCCUUCGGUACAACAGAGAACCCAACAAAUACGGCGAUGGAAACCCUCGGGAAAGCAGCCCGUUCAUCAAUAACACUGAUGAUGAUAAGGGGAAUCUGUAUGAUGGGAAAAACAUGGCACUUUUCGAGGAGGAGAUGGACAGCAAUCCCAUGGUGUCUUCACUGCUCAACAAACUGGCCAACUAUACAAACCUCACACAGGGCGUCCGAGAACACGAGGAGGCCGAUGAAGAUGAAGGUGCCAAGAAGCAAACAGUCAAGAGUCCGCAGAUGGGGACGUUUAUCGGGGUUUACCUGCCGUGUCUGCAGAACAUCCUGGGAGUGAUUCUGUUCCUGCGGAUGACCUGGAUUGUGGGAACGGCAGGAAUUCUGGAGGCCUUUAUCAUCGUGUCCAUGUGCUGCUCGUGUACAAUGUUGACCGCCAUAUCAAUGAGUGCCAUUGCCACAAACGGUGUUGUCCCAGCCGGUGGCUCGUACUACAUGAUCUCUCGCUCUUUGGGCCCUGAGUUUGGUGGCGCUGUGGGUUUGUGUUUCUAUCUGGGCACCACAUUCGCCGGUGCCAUGUACAUCCUCGGCACCAUCGAGAUCCUGCUGACGUACAUCGUGCCGAGCGCCGCCAUCUUUAAAGCAGAGGAUAAAGCUGAUGAGGCGGAGGCUCUGCUGAAUAACAUGCGUGUUUACGGCACCUGCUGCCUGACGCUCAUGGCUCUCGUGGUGUUCGUCGGAGUCAAGUACGUCAACAAGCUGGCGCUGGUUUUCCUGGCCUGUGUGGUUCUUUCUAUAUUGGCCAUCUAUGCAGGAGUCAUCAAAACCAUCUUCGAGCCGCCCGUCUUUCCGGUGUGUGUGUUGGGCAACAGGACACUGCAGAACCACGACUUUGACAAGUGCAUGAAGACAGAAAUAAUCGACAACGUGACGGUGACCACCAAACUCUGGUCCCUGUUCUGCUCGGGGCCGGAGCUCAAUGCCAGCUGUAAUGAAUAUUUCACCCUCAACAGCGUCACCGAGAUCCAGGGCAUCCCCGGCCUCACCAGCGGAGUCAUCUCAGAGAACAUGUGGGGAAAGUACGGUCCGGCCGGGAUGCUGGUGGAGAAAGAUAUACCGUCUGUGUCUGCCAGUGAUUCCUCGCAGGAUAAAUACAUGCCGUAUGUGGUCAAUGACAUCACUGCCUUCUUCACGCUGCUGGUGGGAAUCUACUUCCCCUCAGUCACAGGUAUCAUGGCUGGAUCCAACAGAUCCGGAGAUCUCAGAGAUGCUCAGAGGUCCAUUCCCAUCGGCACCAUCCUCGCCAUAGCAACCACCACCAUCAUCUAUCUGUCCUGUGUGGUGUUGUUCGGCGCCUGCAUUGAGGGAGUGGUGCUGAGAGACAAGUUUGGAGACUCUGUGAAAGGGAAUCUGGUGAUUGGUACAUUGUCCUGGCCCUCCCCCUGGGUGAUUGUGAUUGGCUCUUUCUUCUCCUGCUGUGGGGCGGGGCUUCAGAGUCUCACCGGUGCCCCCCGACUGCUGCAGGCCAUUGCGCGGGACGGCAUCGUGCCCUUCCUCGAGGUGUUUGGUCAUGGAAAAGCUAACGGCGAGCCAACGUGGGCUCUUCUUCUGACCGCUCUGAUCUGUGAAAGUGGAAUCCUCAUCGCUUCUCUUGAUGCUGUGGCUCCAAUCCUUUCAAUGUUUUUCCUCAUGUGUUAUCUGUUCGUGAACCUGGCUUGUGCUCUGCAGACGCUGCUCAGGACGCCCAACUGGAGACCACGCUUCAAAUACUACCACUGGGCUCUGUCGUUCCUGGGCAUGAGUUUGUGUCUGGCUCUGAUGUUCAUAUCCUCCUGGUACUACGCUCUGGUGGCCAUGCUCAUCGCUGGAUGCAUCUACAAGUACAUCGAGUACCGCGGGGCGGAGAAGGAAUGGGGCGACGGGAUCCGCGGUCUGUCCCUUAAUGCUGCACGAUAUGCUCUCAUUCGGCUGGAGGAAGCACCGCCACACACCAAAAACUGGAGACCUCAGAUGCUGGUUCUACUCAAUCUGGACUCAGAGCUGUGUGUGAAGCAUCCGCGUCUCCUGUCCUUCACCACACAGCUGAAGGCUGGUAAAGGACUGACCAUCGUGGGCUCCGUGCUGGAAGGAACAUACCUGAGCAGAGAGAACCAGGCCAAACGCGCAGAGCAGAAUAUAAAGUCAGCGAUGGCGGCGGAGAAGACCAAGGGUUUCUGUCAUGUGGUGGUGUCCUCAAACCUGCGGGAUGGCAUCUCUCAUCUUGUCCAGUCUGCAGGACUCGGAGGAAUGAAGCACAACUCGGUCCUGAUGGCCUGGCCGAGCAACUGGAGACAAUCCAGCGACCCGCAUACCUGGAGGAGCUUCAUCGAGACGGUCAGAGAGACGACAGCGGCUCAUCUGGCUCUGCUGGUGGCCAAGAACGUGGACAGUUUCCCUCAUCAGGAGCGUCUGACUGAAGGAACUAUCGACGUGUGGUGGAUCGUCCAUGAUGGAGGAAUGCUGAUGCUGCUGCCCUUCCUGCUGCGCCAGCACAAGGUGUGGAAGAAGUGUAAGAUGCGCAUCUUCACUGUGGCUCAGAUGGAUGACAACAGUAUUCAGAUGAAGAAAGACCUGCAGAUGUUCCUCUAUCACCUGCGGCUCAACGCUGAGGUGGAGGUGGUGGAGAUGCAUGACAGUGACAUCUCGGCCUUCACCUAUGAGAAAACACUGGUGAUGGAGCAGAGGUCACAGAUGCUCAAGCAGAUGCAGCUCUCCAGGACAGAAAGAGAGAGAGAGAUUCAGAGCAUCACCGAUGAGUCUCGUAGCUCCAUCAGGAGGAAGAACCAGAGCGAAGCACACAGCUCCAGUCUGCAGAACCAGAACACAGCACACGAGCAGCAGGACGAGGCUCAGCUGAUUCACGACAGAAACACAGCGUCUCAUACAGCUAUGAAUGAUAAAGCAGACGCCACGCCAGAGCGAGUCCACAUGACCUGGACUAAAGAAAAGCUCUUUAGCGAACGUAGCCGCAGAACAGAGGCUAAUGCUAGCAUGGCUGUACGAGAUCUGUUCAACAUGAAGCCUGAAUGGGAGAGUCUGAACCAGUCUAAUGUGCGCUGCAUGCACACGGCCGUCAAGCUCAACGAAGUGAUAGUCAAUAAAUCACAGGGAGCUCAUCUGGUCCUUCUCAACAUGCCUGGACCACCGAAAAACAGGGGCGGCGAUGAAAACUACAUGGAGUUUAUGGAGGUUAUGAUGGAGGGUCUCAACCGGGUCCUGUUGGUGCGCGGCGGUGGCCGUGAGGUCAUCACCAUAUAUUCAUAAAGAGGACUGCGGCCCAGUCAACAGGAAUUCUGUUUUUAUAUUUUCCACAGCAGCGCGGGGCGUCAUGGAAAACCCAGAGCUUUGGGUUUCAGCUCAACAUCACGUCCGGCUGCCUGUUUUUAGUGGACGGAGACAUUUACGACCCUCCAGAAGAGAGAGAGUCAAUGUGACGGCCAGACAACCACAUACCGCGACACUUUAAUUUAUACUCAUUGACUGUUUUAUCUUCUUUUAUUUGUUGGUAUUAUGCUAGUUUUUAUGUCUGUUUCUUGUGCGGCAUUGGUUUGGGAUUAUCAAGAGGCCAAACGUAUACCAUCCGACGGCUUUAGUUGUUUUCUAUACAGUUCAUAAGGGUUUAAUGCUGAAGCCUAACGCCCAUUCAUUCGUCAUCAUGAACCUGCGAGACUUUUUUAUUUGCGUUCAUCGGCUUGUCGCUUGAUACCCAAAACAACAGCACUCUUCAGUGAGCCAGUCUUCCAAAACAAAGUGUUUUCUUGUGCUGUUUGGCGAAUCCAUAUCCAAUAUGAGAUGCUUUUUGUUCAGUGUGGAGGGAAUGUUUGAGUUUUUCAUGGCGAUGCAGCAGAGAUGCUGAAUGUGUCGGAUGAUAAGGAUUGUGCAAUACUUUUAUUGAUUAUCAAGGCGUCAGCGGCUGAGCGUGACGUCCACUUACUGAGUGUUUUGUAUUAUGAAAUGUUUAAUGCGCUGAUGAGGACUAAAGUUUGGUUUUGGCUCCAUCUUGGCAUGAAUCACUGGAAUCAGGUGUGGUUUCAGGUGUAUUUGCACUUUUUAUUUGAGUUGUACAGUAUGUUGAAAGCGAAGGACACGGCACACAACAUUUGCUGACGAUCAGAACCAGCACUGCAAGAUUUUCCUUUUCUCAGCAAUAAAUGUGUUUCCCAAAAGCUGGAACAACUUUA